UCGCACUUGUUUAUUUUUUAUUUUUCCGACAUUACACAAUUUCUAUACUCAAAAAUCACCCUUUUCAUUUCACACGCAAGACAUAAACGCACGCACACAUACGCACAUUUUCUCCUCCACAAUGUCUGACUACAGCCCAAUUGCCGACCAUUCAGAAACCGCACACAACUUUGACCACAGCAACAAGGGCAAACAUAGCUCUUCGUCGCGCCCUUACAACAACGCGCAGGUGGACUCAUCCAGUCGGUUCCAACAAGAGGCACAUGUAAUUCAGGUCACUCCAGCGCCACAAAGCGCGGAAUAUUCGUAUGGCGGCGAGCCAACAGCCGGACCUUCGACAUUCAACUCACAGGACGGCGGCCAGCGCAUUAGCCGCUAUGAAACAUCGCUUGCGCUGCGCUACGAUAUUGAAGCAUCGCUGGCCUACGUAUUGGGCAUAUUCUCAGGCGCGGUUUUGCUGAUACUGGAGAAAAAGAACGACUAUGUGCGGUUCCACGCCUGGCAGUCGUCACUUUUAUCUGCUGUGUCGAUAGUUGCGCUGGUUAUCAGCGCCCUGAUUUCCGAUUUGCUUUACUGGCUGAUCAUCCUGGCCGUGGUCAGCUCGCAUGUAUACAUGGCGCGCCGGGCGUACUUUGACGGCGCCGUAUUUGAGCGCUUCGCACUGCCAUAUGUCGGGGCGGUGGCCAUACAACUUGUGGACGAAGAAUGAACUGCAUAGGUGUUAAUUUUUUAGUAAUUUAUGGAGGCGAAUUUACAAACAUUUAAUAUCUUUUGGUGCGACCCUGUCGCGUGCAUAUAUCAAAUAUACAUUUUAUAAUAUUCA